CUCUUAUUCCCCCCAGUCACUUUCCCAUAGAUCAUUCUAGCUUCUCAGCAGUCUCUCUUUUAUUGUAGUUGCAUUACAUCCAGCCAAUGCUCGGAUAGUCGUUCGUUAUUACGUUCUUUUGUUGCUUUGUUGCCUUCAUAUCCCAUUGAUUUUCAUAUGCUUGUUGCUUUGAGCUCUGGGAGCUCGAUAGCAUCAUGUUGUUCGCUCAUUUUGCUUUCCUUGUUACACUCCUGGCCUUAGGAGGCCUCACCGUAGCUACACAGACCCGGCCAUGUUUGGUGUCUGCCAUGAGGUCUCAAUCGGAUCCUGAUAACCUCCAAGACAUUUGUGCGACGAACGUAGGCAAGGUGUGGGCCAAGAUCGUGGAAUUUUGCGGGGAUGAGAGACAAUCGGCUCUGGAGCAGUUAAAAGACACCUGCACAUCUGCAGGUUACACAAUUGCAUACAAACCAACAGCCUCGUCCGACAUCGCGUCCCAUUCCACCGCUCUUUUCAGCUCAACCAAGCCUAGCUCCGUCAUAGCUAGUUCAACCGGCAUCUCCACUUCCAGCUCUGCUCCAGACGCCAGCUCUAGUCUUUGUCCCAGCACUCAUCCUAACCAGACCAUUUCGUUGGGCUCGGCUGACCGUGGCGCGUCAGCUGCUGCGUUUGCGGCUGUCGUUUUUGUCGGAUUUGCAGCGACGUUAUAGAUUUUAAGUUAGUCCGCUUCGUAUGAUAUCUCAGACGAAACUCUGGACCCUUGAGCAUCAAUGAUGUCGAGUACAUAUUGUGCGCAGUCCGCGUCACUUUAACCGCGUCUUCUCCACCGGUGUAGGCAUUCGUAGGCAGCUCUCCGAAACCCGCUGGUAGGCGGAAAGCUCAUACGUAAUAUAUCCUAGUGGGGCCAAGGUUGCAUGGGAAUCUUGAUGGUACGUAGUCGCAGCGCGGCGGAAACCAUAUCCUGCAAACGGAUAUACGGUGUCCGAGGCUCG